UUGCCAUGGCUGCCACACGUUUACAUGAGGUAAAGUUUGGGCAAGUUACCUUACGUGUCGCCACACAAGCAUGACGAUUGGCGGCAUUUCUGUUUUCGCGUCGGAAACGUACCUGGGUAAACAGAGACACUUUAUCUGCUUACUCGACGCUCGCCCCUGGCUUUCUUUAUAAUCGAAACAGAGCCACAUCCCCCCUCUGAUCACGGAUCAACAUUUUCCUACCUACCUACCUGUCCUCACCUCAAACGAGAUCCAGAACCCUACAAUUCGCACACUAGCACCAUGGCACACCGUCUCCGAGACUGGCUAAGACGCCAUCUGGCACUGCAUCAGCCAUCUCAUACCACGUCUCCUGCAACAUCUCCUGCAACAUCUCCCGCAACAUCUCCCGCAACAUCUUUAACGGCACCUCCGUCCUACCAAGAAACCACAUGCCCUAUCCAAAUUGAUGCGCUCCCAGACUUCGACCGAGUCCCCGAUCGAAUUCCUUACUUUAGCAUACUCCCAUUUGACCCGGAUGCCCCAGUUCCGCACGACUUAGCUGAUGUUGCACGCUGGAUCGCCUCUAUCGCUGCGAGCGCGGCACCAGGCACAGUAGUGGCCGUUGCCGCUGGUUGCGCAAACAUCGUCGCAACUUUGGCGUAUUGGUAUGCCACGUUUUCAUAUCAACGCGGAGAGGCAGGUACUCCGAUGUCCACGUCAGCGGUAGUCAAUGGUCUUAUGUUAGGCUACUGACUGGCACCUGGCCAUAGGAGCCUUGACGGAGUCAGCGCCUGUAUGUUCGGAGUCGUUAGGUA